AUGACUGACAUCGCGCUCUGUGCCCUUCUCUCCGGUGGUUUUGUUGGGUCCGUCUACGCGUGGCCAAAGGAGCGCCAAUUCGCACGCCGGUGCGUGCGGGACCUGAAAGCGGCGUCCGGGGAUGAGGUCCACUGCGUCGUUCGCGACGCCCCCUCCACGAUACGAAGGCGCGCCGUGUCGUUCGUGGGCGCCACGGGGGCGAGCAUGCUGCUUCUAGAACACCUUCUUCGCAGGCAGCCUAGCGACUGUCGACCGCUGUGGGGCAGCUCUCUCCUGCGCCACGCCGUUUGCCCCGAGGGCACGAUUUCGCAGUCCCUGGCGCUGGUUGCGAAAACCGGCGUGGCGACGCUGCUGCUGUUCAGCGGCCCGCUUGUGGAGGGCGCCCGCUUUCCCAGGUGGUCCGCGACGGAUCCGGUUAUCUUCCUCAGGAACUACGUUUUGGCCCCCGUCGGGGAGGAGAUAUUCUUCCGGGCGCUGCUGCUGCACCUGCUGCGGCGGCGCUCAGCGGCAACGUCCAUCGCCGUCUCCUCCGUGCUCUUUGCGCUUUGCCAUUCGCACCACAUCUUCUCAAUGGCCGCGGAGGAGUACCGGAGCGCAAGCGAGUUGGGCGAACCCGAGGCCGAGUCGCGCGUCUACUGGAAACGGGCUCUGGAACGACUUGCCGGGGUGUUUGGGUGCACGCUCGCCUACGGCCUGCUCAGCGGCUACUACUACACAACCGUCUGUGCGAAAAACCUGCUCGCCACCAUUCUCUCCCACGCGCUGUGCAACAUGCUGGGGGCGCCGCCGCUGCGCUUCCUGUGCGAGGGCCCCGCGCAACAGCGACUGGCGCGGGCCGCCGUCUACGUCGCGGGGGCCGUCGCGUGGGCGGUUCUUCUUUCGAAAAGGGCGCGGCGAUGA